AUGGAGCCGGAGGACUCUCCGCGACUUCCCCGAGACCCCGCCCCACCUGCGCACCGCCACCUGGCGUCUCCGCCCAGACACGCACGGCCAGGUGGCCCCGCCCCUCGGGCUGCGCCCAAUGAGACGUCCCCGCUGGACUCCGCCCCGUGCGGCCCCGCCUUAUUCGCCAGAGGCCCCAGCCAGGGACACCCACCACCUGCUGCAAUGCGCACCUGGAUAGUCCUGCUCCUGCUGUUGGAAGCCUGCGCAGGGGUGGCGACCCAAUCUCUCCCUCCUGCUGCGGGACACUGGAGGGCACAGGAGAACAAGGUGCUGGGGGGUCAGAAGUGCGAGCCCAGUUCGCAGCCCUGGCAGACGGCCUUGUUUCAGGGCAGCCAGCUGUUAUGCGGGGGUGUCCUCAUAGAUGACUACUGGGUCCUCACGGCAGCCCACUGUAAAAAACCGAGGUACACGGUCCACUUGGGAGAGCAGAGCCUGAAGGACAGGAAAGGGCCAGCGCAAGAAAAGGCUGUGGCCCAGUCCAUCCCACACCCCUGCUACAACGGCAACAACGACGACCACAGCCAUGACCUGAUGCUCCUUCGGCUACGUGAUCCAGCGUCCAGAGGGCCCACAGUGAAGCCCAUCAAUCUGACAGAUCACUGCCCUCAAGUUGGCCAGAAGUGCACCAUCUCGGGCUGGGGCACUGUCACCAGCCCCGAAGAGAAUUUUCCUGAGACCCUCAACUGUGCAGAUGUAGAAAUCUUUCCCCAGAAGCGGUGUGAAGAUGUCUACCCUGGGAAAGUCACAGAGGGUAUGAUCUGUGCAGGUGACAGCAGCGGGGCUGACUCGUGCCAGGGUGAUUCCGGGGGCCCACUGGUGUGUGGUGGCGUUCUCCAAGGUAUCACAUCCUGGGGAUCGGACCCCUGUGGGCAGCCCCAGAAACCUGGCGUCUACACCAACCUCUGCCGCUACCUGGAUUGGAUCAAGAAGACCAUGGGCAGCAGGAGCUUAGCCUAG